GUCAUGUGCGCAGCUCCAAGAUCAGUGUUAUUGUUGUACCAAUCGAGUGUAGUCAUGUUUUCUUGGAAGUCCGCCAUUCUAAGGCUGUGGCCUUUCAAAAGUGAAAAUUCUGACCCGUCUCCUGUGAAACCCGACACACGAAAGUUGAAUCGCGUACUGGGUCCAUGGGAAGCGUAUAUGGUCACCUUACAAUCGAUUCUUAUAUGGGAACGUCCAGGAACGAGUGCUGUGGCUGUUGUGGCGGUGAACGUUCUUUUCUGGUUACUGGUCUGGAGCGAACUCCGCAUCAUUUUCGUCAUGGCCGUGACAGCGCUGCUCGUGUUCCUCCACCAGCAGUGGGUGCAUUCUAUUUGGCCCGAGAUACGCGUCCCAAGGCCAGAACCCGACGAUAGCGAGGAGUGGACGCCCGUGCAUCCCAGGGAGAGCCGUCCUCAGCCUGACACAGCUGCUUCUGCUGCGGGAGGAGUGGUGGAGGGACGUGAAUUCACCCACGUACUCAGUGUCCCUGAAAUCAGUCAGUACGUUGAAGGCUUUUGGCGAUGCGUAAGGGACAAUUACAACUGGCUCCUCCAUCUUCGGCGAGUGCAGCCCGCCCUGUUCUGCGCCAUUGUAUCGACGGUGCUGAGCGUCUUUGCUGUCAUGGGUCACCUGGUCCCUGGAGUGGUGCUUCUGUAUGUCUUACUGAUGUUAUUCAUGACAGGACCAGGAAUAGUUUUACAUGUCCUGCCCGACAGUUUCUUCCAGAAGAUUGCCAGAAUUAGGGCAGCCCUGAGAGGAGAAGACUCUCAGAUGGAUACUUCUAAUAUAUCCAUGGAUAGUGACAUCAAUGAAUUUCUACCUGAACUAAGAUCAGCUGAGGCACAGGCUGCCCUGGAUGUUCCUCUAACGAGCCAGGACCCUCCCGAGGUUGAACAGAUGGUGGAGGAAGCCUAUCUACAGGAGGAUGAGAUGAACAGCACCACCAGGAAGAGACGUAGGGGAGAUGGGACUACUUAUUUCGCAAGUGGUCUUCCCGAAGAUUUUCCAUCUUACGAUAAUGACAGCGUAGAAGAUCUGGAUGGACCUGAUAUUGAUUUACCAGAGGUGCCCCAGAUUGUCCCAGAAGCUUCUCACAGCAGACAAGGAAGUGAUCAUUAUCAAAUGAAAUUUGUGUCAUCUCAUUUUGGUGACAGCAGUGAGGAAGAUGAUGACUUCACAGAAGGCCUUACUUUUGAGGCACGGAGUGAAGUAAGACCAGAAAUCCAGCAUCCGCAGACUUCCAUUCCCGAGGAAGUCAAUCCCUUAGGGCAGUUAAUGAGUAGUAUGAUUGCUCAAAAUGCAGGCAAUGUAUUGUCAGCUCUUGGACAGAACCUUGUGACAUCUGUGAUAGGACAAAGUGUUCAGUCUGAAUCUGUAAGCAUUCAGCAACAGCCCAGACAACAGCUUUCCUCCUCAGCUAGAAUGACAAGGUCAUAUGACCAGCAACAAUCUGUCACAGAUUUGGAAGAAGAUUUUGAACUAAUUUCUGAUGAAGAGUUUCAGUGAUAAUGCACAUAAAAGGCCUUUUGGAGGCAUCUUCUGCUACGGUGGUGAAAAAUAUUAUUAGUGUUCAGUAACAUUUACUUAUUAGAUCAAGUACUGUAAUUGUGAUGUUUGUUUAGAAAACGUUUGUAAGGAAACAAAAUCGUGAUAGCUACUUAUACAUUUUUUUAUGUGAAAGCUUUAAAUGCCUUAAAAAUAAUGAAGCACCAUGAUAUUUUGUUGGUGUACAAAAGAGUGGCAAGUAAUGUGCACUGCAUACUUCCUGUUUUCCUUCUGUCCAUUAUGAUGGUUUUGCUUCUUAAGAGAGAAAACCUGGCUUUCCUCAGUUUGGGUGCAAGUAUUAUACCAUUUCAGUUUUUUCUUUUUUUGCAUCCAAUAGUCUACCUAUUUAUUUAUUUAUUUAUUUUUAUUCUACUAUUAUGUUAAAAACAUAAUUGUUAAUUCAUUAAUCAAUAUUUUGCAUUGUAUGUCUGAGUGGAUGCGCUUGAGAUGAAUUCUAUUGUGGAUUAUAGUCACAACCAAGUUUAAACAGAAUCUUUGUAAACAGAAAAAAAGACUUUGUGUACUUUGCAAGCAUUCCUUUGAUUAUUUCACUGUAAUUCAUUUUGCAUUGGUGUAAACAUUUUUGUUAUAGUUCAUUUCAGCCCCAAUAGCUCAAUGGUAACAUGGUACAUGGAAGACAGAUAAUAAAUAAUAGGAAGUUAUGGCUAAAAAUAUGUUAUUUUCAGUUUUGUGGUACAUAUUUGAAAAUAUUUAUUACAAAUAUCCAUGGCACUUGAAGGAGAAAGAUUGAGGUCACAAAAGCACUAAAAAAUCAGGCAUAGAACUUAUUAUUUCGUAUGAGUUAUUUGUGUACUCUAUUCUUUUGGAAACAGGUAUCAGAAUUCAUAAUCACCAUUAUUGGCUUCAUGUUUUCCUUUAAUUGGGCUAUAUGUUUGUGAAUUCUGCCCUCCUCUAAUUAAUUGUCCUUGCUGGCUGAAUUUCAGUUUGUCCAGGUCUUCAUUUAAGUUGUUCUCUGUAAUUUUUUCCCUUGCUAUUUAUUUUAAUCAGUAUUCCUAUACAUUCUACUACUUCACCAACUGCUCCUCUUCCCUCUUGCAUCAAGUAUGAAGUUUAUCACAAAAAUCAUUGAGUUUUUUUUUUUUUUUAAACAAGCAGUCUAUUUUCAUUCAGGAUACCUAAUUUUCAGGUCAUCUCCAUUUUUGUCAUAUUAGCAAUGCUUAAGGGGUAAUAGUGGUGAGUGAUUACACUGAAUGGAAGAUUAAAAAUUUCAUUACUUCAUGUUUUUUGCAGUUUAUGUGCAAUCCCGUAAAAAUGCCGUUACUCAAGUAAUACCAUAAUUAUUUGGUAGGCAAAAAGACCAAAGUCUAAUCCUAAUUUCAAAAUGGAAGAGCAGCUCUUAAUUGUCAGGUGAGAUCACUCACUACAAGAAGCCAACUGGCUGUAUUUUUUGCUAAAGUGAUGGUCUCAAUACAGGUAGUAGUUUUUCCAAUACAGGUAGAAGUUAUUUCAUUUUUUCUCUGAUAAAGCUUUCAGGAUUAUAACCCUUAGAGAUGAUGGGAAAUCUUUCAUAGAUGAUUGUUAUUUCCAGGCCAGCCAGACUCUGGAUAGAAACUUACAGAUGCACUAACAGACAAUAAAAUGUUCAUUUGGAAUUUACAAUAGCAUCAGUUUUGUGGUAAUAUACAAAAGCAAGGAUUUUUGCAGAACGCUUGUGGCUGUAAAGAAGACUACUUUAUCUUAGUUUAUUGCCCAAGUCAUUGAAUCCCAGAUAAAUUGGAGCUAUGUAACCUGCCAAAGUAGCAUCCUAUUUGUGACAGAGUAGUAUGAUUCAUAUUGUACCCUCUUAUUAGGUGGUGUCGGGAGGUAGGUAGAUCACUUGUUGCUGUUGGUAAUUGUAGAUAUUACUACUGCACCUUAAAAACUGUGGUUCCCAAGUUAGUAGUUUUAGUGUCAUUACUAAUUUGAUGGGUUCCUUCAUGCUAAUUUGAUAGGUUUCUUCCCUCUGAAGGCAGAAUUAAUACCCUCCUUAACAGCAGCCCACCAUUCCUAAAGUAAUAGGUUUGUUUUUCUUUUGAACCCAUCAAAACUCUUCAGUUUGUUUUCUAGGUCAUUCAAGUUAUUUCAGAGCCCUCCUCCCACCCAAGUGUGAUUUUCCUGUGAUUGCUCUACUCAAGUGAAAAAAUAAAGACCUAUAACGAUGCAUGUUGUAUCUACCAAAUAAAGAACUGUAACAAUGAAUGUUGUAUCUGCCAACUAACAACUGCUUUUCUUAGGAAUGAGAUGUAGAAUUUGGUCUUUUUACCAUACCAGGCAUGACACUGCUGAGGGUUUUGUACAUACACCUUACGUAUAGGAAGGAACAAAUUUUUUUUUUAUUUUCUUUUUUUUGUAGUAGCAGUUAGAUUACCCUGUACAUGAAUAAAAGUAUUUUGUAGGAAUUUCAGAGAUGUACUUUAGUACUUAUUGUAGGACUAAACUGAAGGAAAUUAGUUCACCAAAAAAAUUCUGGUACAGUAUUUGAAUCCAAGUACUGUGUUACUGUACAGAACAGUAUAUUUUUAUUAGGAUAUUUUGAUAGCUUGGUAGAACGAUUUUAAAACACGUUGAAUGUAAAAAGAAUUAAAAAAGGAAGUAGCCUGACAGACAGUGUCAGGGCCACUUUAAUAAUAAUCUAAAUGUGGUUAUGGUUUUUAAGACAGUAUUAUUGCAUUGAUGGUAUGUAUCACGCCUUAGUAUUACUCUUCUAAACAAGAGCUUGUUUUUGGUAAAAACUAUAACUUUGGAGCCCUGAAUUAUGCUAGCAAUGCUAACUACAUCUAAAUUCUGAAAAUGAACUCCAUGCAUCAUUACAUGUUCCACUUUUGCUAGUGUCACAAAUCCAAAUUAUUUAAAUAUAAAAGUAUAAAAUUAUAUUUAGAUGAUAAUCCUUUUGAUCAGAUUUCUCUUACCAUAUCUGUGUUCAAGAAAAAUGUUUUUCUGUUAGGUUUUGAAUGUCUGUUGGUGUACAUUUUAAGGUAACUAUGUGUUAUUUUAUGUAUUAUGUAGAUUGUACCUGAGUGACGUGAAUGGUAGGCUAGAUAUGUAAAAUGUUUGAUAAAAUUUGGCUUCCCAAUCAUAGGAUGUUGAUAAAUGACAUCUGUAGAGAUAGUUAUUUUUUUUAAUCAAAAUUUUCUAUUGCAUAUACAGCUUUGCAAAUUGUGUUGAACUAUUACUGUAUUUUUCUGUUUACAAAUUAAUCAAUUAGGUGUGCCCUAUUUGAAUUCAAAAUUGGAAUAAAGUGAUCUAUUCAGAUUUAAAAAUGUCCAUGCAACAAAGUUUAUCUUAUUGAAUCAUUUUUGUCAUUUGUUAAUCACAUUCAGUUGACCUACUUGAUACUUGGAAAGUAGACAAAUUAACUCUGACCAUGGAUAUAUUUGUAGUGCAACUUCAGUAACUAAACUUGCGUGAGUGAACUUUGAUGCAGUUUUUGGUUAAACGUUUUAAUACUACUUCCUAUAUCUUUGAUCCAUUGAUGUGAGAGUCGAGAAUUGUCACCAAGUGGUCAAGGUAACUUCCAAUUAAUAGUUUGUUCAUCUUUAAUGCUAAGGGAACUGAUGUUCCAAUUCUUUUAUAUUGGUAUUAUAAGACUUUUGGAGGUUACUAACAUUGAAUGUUGAGUAAUGUACAGACAGAUUUUGCAUCAAGUAAUGUUUAAGUACAGUGUAAAUUGGAAUUCUGGGGUUAGGUAUUUAUGAUUAGUGUAUUCAAAGUAUGUCAGUUGAUCUUCAUGACAAGAGGUAGGUUAGAGUACAUGGUUUUCUUACUUUACAUAUUUAGGCUUUGAUGUUACAUGUAAUCUCCAGGUACAUUGUAUCAUGGAAUCUAGUCACCUUAUAUAUAUAUUUACAAAAUUUGAAAUGGUAAAAUUAUAGUGUAUCAAAUACUAUUUAAAAAAUUUUAUUAUAAAAGGAAAACUCAUUAUUUGGCAUUAGAAAUAGCCUAGUGGCAGUUAUUUCAGACUUUAAAUCAAGUAUCUUUAAACUGACUUCUGAAGAGUAAUUUUUUUUUUUUUUUAAUAUUUAUAUUUAGAUUUGAAAAACUCAAUCAGUUAUUAGCUUAUUUCUGAAAGAAAAAAAUGUACUAUAUUUUAUUAAUACACUGAACAGAUUCCAGCAAUGAUUCGUGUCUUUUCUAUAAUUUCAGUUCAGCAGAUACAUUUUAGGCUUGGUGCCUAGUGACGCCUAUGGCAUACAACUUAAGAUUUAAUACUUGGAAAAUAAUCUUAAGUGUUACUUAGAAAAUAUUCUAAGUAUUAUGGAUAUAACUACUCAAAAGUUUUUAAUAACUGUGCACUACUAUAUCCUUUGGAGAAUAUCUUUACUAUCCACUAAACACACUACUUGGCUGGAUCAUUGAAUCUUGUGUGAUAGUGAAUCUGUAUUCAUCAGUGCAAUUACAGAGACCUUGAAGAGAGGCAUUAAGAUUUAUACUUUUUUAUACGUGUCUGUAGUAUAGCCAUAAAAAAUUAAAGUAGUAUGUACUUGAAUAUUGUUAUUAAUAAUUUACUUGGCUGCAGUGUGUUAUGUGAUUUAAAUUUAUUAGAAUGUAAUAAUUAAUUUAGGCCACACUGGCAUAUUGUUUUUGGAAAUAUACCAGUAAAUUUGUGGUAGCAAAUUUUCAAUGUACUCUUCUGUAUUAUGUUUGUAUAUUUGAAGGUGCAGUUGGCAUGUCAAAAUCAAAAUAGGGUUUAAUAUUUUGUAAGAAUGUGCUUCUGUAUGCAUCAGAAAUGUUGCUAUGAUGUUGGCUGCAUAAAUUUUUUAAAAUAUUUUUAAAGCCAAUAUUUUUGAAGUUUUAGCAUAACACCUGGCUGUAAUAGUGUAUUUAAUAAUUUAAAAUAAUGUAAGGUUAAACUGGGUAACAUUCUCUACAGGCCUUUAUUGACAUGUAGCAUUGUCAGGAGUCAGAAAAAUAACGUAUUGUUUUGUGUAUUAAGUACAACCAAUACUAGAAUUAUUAUUAUUUCUAUGCCAUUUUUUAACUUGCUAAUAUUGAACAUUAUGAUGUAUUAACCCAUUCACUGCAUAAACCACAAAAUGUACACUGGGGCAGUUUUUUUGUCAAAUUUCCUGUUAUUAAUUUCGGUGAGGAAAUUUAGUUUACUUGAAAUGAUAGGAAUUUGUAUGUAUGGAAAGCUCUUAUAUCAUGUUACAGUGUUAAUUGAAAAUUUUAAGCAAAAUUACCAUAUCCAUUAUGGCCAGUAAAAUCUUUGCGAACAUAAUUUUAGUAAGGCUACAUUUCUAAUGAAGGGAGAAUCAUUUCUGUAGCAUUGAACACACUUCAUAUUUUAAAGUUUGCCAGUAUACACACAUUUUUCUUCCUUUCUGUCUUCCAUAUGUGAAUAUAUUGCAGCAUUUUUAGAUAAUUAUGUAAUUGUAAGCUUCUAUCAUACUUGGUUGUGACUUGUAGAAAUUCAUUGCUAUAUUUAUGAAUGACAAAAUUAAGAAAUGGUGGCAUGUCCAUUCCCCAGCCGCAAAACUAGUUCACCUCUAAUAUAACUUUCUUUCUGUGGGAGCUGUAGAUAUAUUGACAGUUUAUACUGCAUAUUGUGAUAUGUAAUAAGUUUUGUAUAGGUCUGUAUGUAUUAUAUUGUAAUACCACAUGGGUUUUGAUAUUGUAGAUUUGUCUUUAUGUUAAAUAGUGUAAUUCAGGCAAAUCAUAUUUUAUUUUAAUUAUUGCACCCUAUAUAUAUAUAAAUAUAUACAAAAUACUUGUAACUUUGUGAAAUAACAAUACACAAAUGAA